AAUGCAUUAGAAUUGGCGCGACGAUAUCAUUCAGUGUAGUUUCGUUAAAAAUGUUUCUUUUCUGUUGUUUUCUUCCAAAUCUGUCAGCAGCUUCAAAAUCAUCACAUCAGUGGUCCGUCGUAAUAUUUUUGGCUGGAUAAAUCGAAUUUUGUGGCUGAUCCGGCUAGGUUGAAGGUUCCCACGAAUCGCACCGGAAAUGGGCAACUAUUAUUCACUGUACGUGUCGAACCCCGAAGGAACUCCUAAGACACUGGAGAAUCCUUCAUUUGAUCCUAAUUUCGGUUUUCCCAAUGGCCGGAAGGAACGAGUGAUGAUUGCCACCGAGCAGGAAAUGGAAGCCGCCAAAAUACCUCUGGCCGACCGGGACUACUGUGCCCACAAGCUGAUCGCGUACCGUGCCUGCCGGGCUGACGUUUGGCCAUGGGCAGUUAAGUGUGCCCACGAAAAGCACGAGUACCUUAACUGUGAAUAUGAAGAUUACAUCUACCGGAUGAAGGAAUACGAGCGCGAGAAACGAUUGCUUCUGAGAAAACAGAGAAUCGAAAAGAAACGAGGGGCUGAAGAGAUGGCCGCAUAAAAACCUUGCCGUCGAGUGGCAAUCUUGGGAACCCCAUCAUGUAAGUCGUUAUAAUUUCCUUAAUUUGAAACAGUAGCAAUGUUAAACAAGGGUAAUUCUUCAAAUUCUACAACUCAAACGAAACAUAAUAAAUUCAAGCUCGGUGGACAUCGAUUGUGUAGAGUA